CUCACUGUGUACAUAUUGUGGUAACUUACGAUAAGUGUUAUUUUAUGUCAACGGGCUAUCUAUUUACGUUUGUGUAGUAGUGUACUAUUAAUACACGAGAUUGGAUAAGGAUUACAAAAAUAUAUCAAACAUGGAACUGUUUGCAUUACUUUGUAGCGGUGUAAUCUUCGUUCUGGAAAUUGGUGUAGCUUUAGGCUCGAACAAUAUAUACAAGGAUUUAUUUCAAAAUUAUGCAAAGGAAUUAGUUCCAACAUGGAAUGUACCAAUGCCUCUUAAACUUAGCAUCAAUGCUGCACCAUCAACCAUAGUGUCGUUUACUGAACUGGAAGAGAAACUUACAAUGACAAUGAGUAUAACAGUAAAUUGGACUGAUCAUAGGCUAGCGUGGAAUCCAACCUUAUAUAACAAUACACAUGUAUUAACAAUUCCGCCACAUGAUAUCUGGCUCCCGUAUCUGUACCUUGCUAAUAGUGUGAACGAUGUCAAACCAAUCGGACAGGAGGCAGACUUCUAUGUGAUAUUGGUAACAAAUGGAAUGGUUUACUGGACCCCUGGUGGAGUUUUUGAGGCACAGUGUACGCCUGAUGUAUCUAAAUUUCCUUUCGAUACACAAUUUUGUUUAUUUAUUUUCACUAUGUGGGGUAUCUUUCCUGGAGAAGUGGAAUACGAUGUUUAUUCUAAAGUUCCAGAUCUAAAAUACUUUUCUGCGAAUUCUGAUUGGACUGUUAUCGAUACAUAUCAGACUGGUUCUUUAAUUGGAGGAGACUCCUCGGCAUUUGUUGUGGGGAUUUCCAUCAAACGUAAACCCGUUUAUUAUGUAGUAACCGUCAUACUACCCACAUUAUUGUUUUGUCUAAUGAAUCCACUUAUAUUCUGUCUCCCUGUAGAAUCAGGAGAACGAAUUUCUUUGGGUAUGACAAUUUUACUGGCUUACGCUAUAUUUCUCACGAUAGUAGCGGCUUCUAUCCCAGCAAAAUCGGACCCAUUGUGCAUCAUUCUUUUAGUUCUGGUUUGUAUCAUGAUGGUUAGUGGUGUUAUUGUAAUUUUGACAAUAAUUAGUGCAUAUUAUUACUAUAUGGAGGAUAUCAGCCAUGCAAAUCCAUGUUUAAGAAGUUUGACAUUGCGAUUUAAGCGAAAACAGAAUUUCCAGGACAAAUUGAAUUUGGAGGAAAACAAAGACACAAAUUCCAAUUCUUUUUCUGGUAGUUCUUUUUCUGGAAAAGACUUGUCUAAAACACUUGACAUUAUAUUUUGCGUCAUUUCUUUUGUAUUAUUUAUUGGAAUAUUAUCUGGGUAUUUUCUGUAUAUCUUGAUAGCAUAGUAUUGUAAUCAUUGUAUUAUCUCAGUUCUAAAGUGAAGAUAGAUUUUCUUAUUUCUGUAUAAAAUGUCUUUGAAUUAGUUGGCGCCCAUGUAACUCUAAGGGGCUGGGGGAGUCAAAUGUUUGCUUAAAACAUUAUGAUGCCUGAAAAUAAUAAAUUUGACAAAACAAGUUUUAAAGUUUCGUAGAGGUAUAUAAAAAAUUAUUAUAAAAAAAACAUACGAAGAGGGUAAAAUAAAAGCAAAGGGUUGAUUUAUCAUAGAAUUACCUAAAUCCUCGUUUAAAUAUAUAAGCCUGUCAUAUAUAUCAGGGACAGUCUUAUACUAAUAUAAAUAGUUAGUAUAGAAAGUCCCUGCAUAUAUAUACUAUUGAAAUGACUUUUUGUUUUGUUUUGUUUGUCGGUAUUUGGAUCAUUGGUUUAUUUUCCCUCUCUCCUCGUGUUCUGUAUGUUAGUCGUUCACUGUAGCUCCACGCCAAGUUGUUUGAGAUUAAAUGAAACUAGAACAUGCUAGAGUGUUUUUACUUUAAUCGAUAACAAUGUCAUGUUUCAGUGAAAAAGUUAAGAGAUUUUUCUAGAUAUUCAUAAUAUUAAUUUCCAAUAAAAGAAAUACAUCA